AUGGUUGUGAGGCUGUGGACUUCACGUAGGUUGGUGGAUUCAAGUUGGCGUUUUUGGUUGAUGCUGGGAGGGAAUUGCAAGAGUGGACCGAAAAGGUAUUCAAGAAACGGAGGACAAAAAUUACUUAUCCCGGAAGUUAAUGAGGAGAUACUUGAGGAAGUUUCGGAAAAUGAAAGGAAAUUGAAGGGACGAAUUUCGGACAAUAUUCGGAAAAUGGGUCAAGAAAAGGAUUAA